UUUGCGCAACUCAGCAUAUGCGCUCUUAGGGCCUUCCCUUGGAUAAUUUCCCCAGUAUUUAAUAUAUCGGAACCAUUUAAUUUCCUCAGUAUUUUGCUCAACUACGUCACUCUCGGCAAAAGGCCUGAAACCGUAGCGCCCGCCAGAAGCUGUCCACCGCCAUACCACCUCGGCGACCUUGUCUUCAUCAAAUUCAUCAUCAAUCAAACUCACAACACCGAAAAAUGGUAAAUACAGUAAAGAAUUUGCUGCUGCGCUUGUGAUGAAUAAUAGACUGGCUGAUAACUGAAGAAGAAGAAAUGGGGCAUAGUUCGAAGAAAAAGAAGAAGCGCGGAGGCGCCCGAAGGGCUCCAUCAAAGGAUCACAAUUCUCUUGCUGCUGAUAAUUCCGAGCUUAUUGGUGAAGAAAUCACCGCAUUGUGUGCUAUAUUUCAAGAUGAGUGUGAAGUUGUUUCCGGAUCACUACCACAAAUUCAGAUUAAGCUCAGGCCAUACUCAAAGGAUACAGGAUAUGAUGAAUCAGAUAUUUCUGCUCUUCUUUCUGUAAGGUUUUUAUCUGGCUACCCCAACAAAUGCCCAAAGUUGCGUAUAAUUCCUGAGAAAGGAUUAUCAGUGGUAGAUGCGGACAAUCUUCUGUCCUUGCUUCAUGAUCAAGCAAAUUCUAAUGCUCGUGAAGGGCGAGUAAUGAUUUACAAUUUGGUGGAGGCUGCUCAAGAAUUUUUGUCUGAAGUUGUUCCUCAAGCAGAAUCACGUGAAUCUGUAAGCCUUAGCAUUGAUCAAUUUGCAGCUAUCAUAAAGCACAAGAAAUGCAUGACUUCCUGA